ACGACUUUUAUGCCUUAAGAAGCAGUAUAACUCCUUACAACAAUAUAACCACUUCUCAGCCAUUCCGAUUGGCUGAAGAGCGUCACCGCGCAACGACAGCCCUCCUGGAAUAAAACGGCAUGGAGUUAAAACUUCCCGAGUAGAAGAAAGUAGGAAACUGAAAGCCUCUCUUCCGACGGUUGCGGGUCCUGCUAGAAUCACCGAAUCGGGUUCGUCUCCUUCAUACUCGUGAAGUGUAGGUCGAUUUAUAUUUCUGAAGCAACACAAUGGUUUCCUUCGAGAUGAAUGACCGAAAAAAGAUUGGACUGGGGUUGACAGGAUUUGGCAUUUUUUUCUCAUUCCUGGGAGUCAUGUUUUUCUUUGACAAGGGAUUACUUGCCAUGGGAAAUAUCCUCUUCUUGUCAGGGGUGACAUUAACCAUUGGACUGAAGUCCACCAUGCAAUUCUUCAUGAAACGUCAAAAUUUUAAGGGAACAAUUUCAUUUGGUGUUGGCUUUUUCUUGGUUAUGAUAGGAUGGCCAAUAUUGGGCAUGAUUUUGGAGGCAUAUGGUUUCAUUGUACUCUUCAGCGGCUUCUGGCCAACACUCUCAGUCUUUAUACAGAGGAUACCUGUCCUUGGUUGGGUGUUUCAACAACCAUUUGUUAGAUCGUUCUUUGACCGUAACCGCGGGAAACGAGUGCCUGUAUAACCCCCAAGAAAGCAAAGGAAAGCAGCUUGGCCAGGGGUUUUUGUAAGUGUUGUAAAAAAGAAAAAAAGAAAAAGAGGAUGAAGCUUUGAUAUUUUUUAUUCCAUUUAUAUGGUGACAGAAAAAAAAAAUGUUCCAGUUGAUUAUAUGAGCUUAUAAGAGCUCUUUUUGCAGUAUUUUUUUGGUUGUUUGCAUGCUUUUCCCCUAUCCCACCCCCAAAAAAUGCUUUUUUUGGGGGUAGGGGGUGGAAUGGGGGGUUCGUUCACUUGUUUCACUGUUGUUGCUGGCCUCAAAUCUUUUUCUUUAGGCUAACCAAGGAAAAAAUUUGUUUCUUUUUUGGGUACUGACCACUUUGCUGCUGCAUGUAACUCAGCAGCCAUUUUUGUGGAGCCUGAUUGCACGUGGUGAUAAACAAACAAUAGUAACCCAUUAUAAGGAAUAAGAUACUUUUUUAACAAACAAACAAUAAACGAGGGCAACAAGACUAUAACCAAGGACCUCUGGCAACCAUGGCUGAUACCAUGUUAGAUUAUGACCUCACUUAAAAGCUUAAGCUGCUAGGUUGUGGGCCAACAUUGUAUGUCGAGCAUUAACAAAAAGUGUGCCAAGAAACAAAUGUAUCACUCUAAUUGUAAAAUAUUCAGAGUUUGAUUCUGUCAAUAAUUCCCAACUGUUGUAUGGAAACAGGUUCAUCUUCGAAGCAUAUUUCCCACCCGAUAUUUUUCUAGUAGCUUCCUCAUUCCUUUAUCCUAUCCAUAAACGAUCAAUGCUAGCCGCUAGGCACUGUGCACUUUGAACCAUGCAGAGGUUCGGCUAAUAUGUUUACCCCACUUCGGGAGAACAUUUGCAAGAAUGGAACUCAGAUAAAUUGACGAGAGUUCACAGAAGCAGUGAAGCAUGUAGUUUAAUUUGAUAAGAAGCCAAGAAAAUAAGACACGAUUUGAUAGUGUGCCAAGAAACUUACCAAGGCCUGAGAUAUGACAAAUCAAUUGUCUCUUUCACCUUCAACAAUGCAAAUCCUUUUGAAAGAGAGUUUCUUAAUGCAAUACUUAGUUAAGCUGCGUUAUAGACUCAUCAUCAAUACAUUGUUGGAGUUGUAAUGACGAGAUUUUGCUUACGGAUCUAUCUAUCAAUAGAGAUUACAAUUCAGAAUAGAAUGAGGAUAACAUACGAAAUAAUUGUGGUGUCUUUGUCUGGAUGUGUUCCUUAAAAAGAGAUUUGGUUAAAUUCCCUGGGGAGCAUGAGGUUCAAGUGGAGCUUUCUAGAUGAAACGUGUCUCAUUUCUAUUUUCAGUCAGAAUUGGUUUGAGUUUUUCCUGACAAGCCCAUGUCUCACAUUGAAUGAUCGAAGCUGCUGAAAAGAAUCUCAUUUUGAGCUAGGGUGAUUGGCUUUGCAUUUGGAUUUUGUUCAAAGGAGAUGGCCUUGAGGAGCCAUCACUCAUAAUGAUGCAUGGACUUGAGUUAGCCAGAGGUGUUAUCCUUGAGAGGGUAUAUGGUUUUGAUGAAUGAGGGCAUUGAUAGAUGGACUAGGAUGGUAGGUCACGAUUUCAUGUUCCUUCAUCCAUGAUUCAUAAUAUGUGCAUGGAUGAAAGGCCGAGGGGUGCCAAAAAUUAUGAUCAUAGCCUUAGAUGGGCGUUGGAGGGUGCAUGGAUGAGCAUGAAUGAAUCCUAGACUAAACAUUGAUUCGACCAUGAGGCCUUUUACCACUCCUGCUGUCAUGGUGGGCAUUGAGUACUCUAGAGAGAGCUUAGACUUGAGCUUUAGGCAUUCACAAGGGAUAGUUGGAGCUUCCAUGAGGGAAUGGGAGUGGUAUGGACAAGACUAUGGGGAAUAUUAUGCUAUGUGUUUGUGAGUGAGAGGUUGAGACAUACACUUGUCCCUCCAAUUUCCACCUUGUUGUAUCAUCUUGUACCAUUGGGCUAGCGGGAUGCCAAUGAGAAUUCAUAUGCCUUCACAUGGGCAUUUUCUAGGGUUUGGCCCUUGUCAACGAGGGGGGCUUGUGGCCAUUAGUCCAGCAAUGUUGUACCUGUGGGUUAUUGGCAUGGGUCAUGGAGUGUGUCCUGUGUCAGGGCUGGUGCUUGGUUUAUUGGCUGGCAAAGCGCUACUUGUGGUUAUGGAUUUGCGUAUUAUCUUUUACUAGAACAGUGUAGUGUGCCGCUAUUCAAUAGGGCUUUGGCUUAUCAAAAGUGGCUUACUUGAGGAGUGUUUUAUGGGGCUAGAGCAAACCCCAGUGCUUUUGCCGGGUGAGUACUGCCCCUCAAUGCAAGAUGAGCAUAUUCCGUGGUUGUUGGGACGAGAGUACCCUUUAAGGGGAGUACUUUGUGUGCAGACUUAGCUCGAGGAGUCAUCCCCGUCAGAGAAGCUUAGACUAAUGCAUGGAUCUGUGUGCACGCUCUCAUGCCUCACUUUGUGGUUAUUGCAUAGAUUUGUACACAACAUAAUCAUAUGGAGUUUUCCAUUCCUUUUGUGCCCAAAGUUAGACAUAAAACAGACCAAUAUAUAUAGGCCCACCACCACCACCAUGCCAUUUUUAAAGUCUGGUGAUGUGUACAGAUCAUUUGAAGCACCUCUAUCUGGGAAAAUAUCCUCACAUGAAGAGGUGCCAUGGUGCUACAAAGUUGAGCUUUGAGCUUUGAGCUUUGGCUUUUCAGAAACAGCAACUUUUUUUUUUUUUUUGUUUCUAAAUAAAAAUGAAUUCUUUAAUUUCUUAUUUUAAUAGAAUAUUGUCAGGGUAAAUGCAAGGGGACUUGUAAUAUUAUCAAAAAAGCAUAGAAGGGAAAGGAAAAGCGUCCAAGUAGAAAUAUAUUUCGUUCUAAACAAACUUUUGAUAGGAGCAACGGUACAUAGCUCAGUAGGAGGGCAAAGGCUGAGAAAGCAUAUGAAUGAUGCAGAGAGCAAUAUCACACAACUGGAAGAGAUUGUAGUUCUCCUUUGUCAAUGGAUAAACCCCGCCCGCUUUCUCCUCAAAUCCUCCCUCGCACGUCUUCGCUCCUUCCAUCACUGAACUCAGCCAUACAUUGGCAAUAUCAUACUGCCCAGACAGAAAAGUUCCAAUAGAAUUUCCCAGUGUUGCAAUUGCAUCAAUGUAUAGCUCCAGGCAGUCCUCAAGGCACAGCGUGGUGUAUUGAUCGAAAGUCCCAUUGCUCAACAGCUUUAUGAUGCCCGAAACUGUGCUGGUGGCAUUCUCAAUGGCUAGCUCCAUUGCAAUGAUGGCAAGGCCUUGGAGGUUUGUGGCAUAGCUGAUGGGGAUUGCUUGGAGAGAGGCUAAACAGAAGCCGUAAUCAAAAAUGGUGGAUUCGCUUGCACAGCUGUCACAGGUUGUGUUGAUUAAGUCAAUGGAAAUUGGAGUGAUGGAACAACUGGUUUGGUGAGGAAGCAAGAAGAAGAAGAUGAAGAAACACACGGAGGUGGAGAAGUGGGAGAGAUGCCACAUUUUUAAGUGCCUUUUCUCUGUUGGAUGUCUUUUGAGUUAC